UUACUUAAUUAUUAAAAUUAAUUUAAACUUAAUGCUGUUGGAACUUGAAAUUAUUCUAAGCCUUGAGAAGAAUGUGGCUUUGCAGCCUGAGUCAUGUGGCAUACAGCUGCAACUUCUGCCUUUUUUUCCGUGUAAAUAAUUAGGAAAGCCAAAUGGCAUCAGAGAUGAGACCCCCCCACCCAGAUCACUACCCCUUCUCACAGAGUAAUUAAGUCAUCUUCCUUAGAAUGCAGCAAUCUAUAACUAUAGGCACUGGUCUCUUAUAGAAAAUGUAAUCCAGCUAAAAUUUCUGUCUCUGCCUAUAUAAGUAAAACUUUAACUUCUCCACUUUGGAAUGCUGAUCCCAUUUAUUUGGACUAGAUGGUUCCUGGGUGGCUACCCUCAAGUUCUGUGUUCAAAUAAACUCUACUCUUAAUCUCUGAAUUAAUUUUCUGAAUCUCAUUAUUUAAGGUUGACACUUAUCUCACCUAUAGUGCCAGAGAGAAUUACCUGAAUGAAUAUGAAAUUUUAAAAAGAUGGAUUUUGCUCUAAUUUGUUUUAAUAAAUCCCUGUGUACUGCAAAAUUUGCUACUACCUUUCCUUACCUCUCCUUGCAAUAUACAUGUAUAUAUAACAUCAAAAGGAAACAAAAACGCUCAAAAUACUUGAGUGAGAUUAAUAUAAAAUAUUUUAAGUUUUUGAGUAAAUAUUUCAAAAUAAGGCAGGGAGGCUUUAGAAAAAGUAGGAUGAAAAAAAUCUUUGAAAUGUUCAGGAAUGAUUGAGAUAAGUAAAGAUCUCUGAAAGAAUGCAAAAAAUCCCAGUGGGGCUAGCAGUAAUUCUAUUGUAUAAGCCAUUUGUCCAUUUGAUAAGCACACAUUUUAUCUAAUGUUACCAGAAAGAGCAUCAGGCCAAAUGGCCUCAAACAAAUUGGCAGACAGAUGACCUGGUCCCAGAGGCUCCGGAUCCAUCUCUGACCCAAGGCCAGCUCUGGCACUCAGCCUUCUACUUUGUUCCCAUGUUUUCAGUCCUAGGUCUGAACACUUGCCUGAUGGUCCCUGAACCCUUGGGCUAGGGCUCUUGCUUACAUUUGCCAGUUCAGUGUGUGGUAAGAGCUUUCCAAUUAUUUGAUAAUGAAUUAGUGGAGGAUUGAGUGGACAAAUGAAUGAAGUUUCUCUCAGAAGCCCCAUGUCUGAACUAGCUGGUGGAUUUUCUUUCUGCUCUGUUGUCUGGUGUCCACUUCAGUUAUUUAUUCACCCAUUUAUUGAGUCUUUAGUGUGCAGUAGGUAAUGUUCAAUAGAAAGAGUCAUGUCUAUUCCAGUCCUGCACCUUCCCAUUCUGUUACUACAAAGGUGCAAUUAACCUCACUGCAGUCAAACCAUUUCUUGUGUUAAGUAGCAAAUAGAGGUUUACACUGUGAAACUGGGCAAGUCUUGGACUUGGGAAUGAGGUUCUUGGCAGAGAAUCCCAAUGCAUGGCUAACAGUGAGAGUCUGCAGGUGACAAAGGAACCAGGCUCCAUUCUGCUGAUGGCUGGGGAAGGGGAGGAGAAGCUACUGACCUUUGCUGAAGGACUAGGAUGACUACUCAUCCCAUUUUACAGCAGGCAACCUAUUUUCAGAAUAUCGAGGUGAGAGUCUAAUCUCUAUCAAAGUCUUCCUUUCUUACCAAAUGCUAUAGGAAGUCUCUUUAUUUCUUUUAGCCUCAGUCUCAGAGUCAUCGUGCUGAUUAAUGUGACCAUGUAUGGUAAAGGUAAAAUGAAAUAAGAUGUUAAUUUGAUUAUCAUUAAUAUCAUGCUGAAAGUACUUGGGGUUGAUGUGUCAUUAUUUCUGCAAUCUACUUUCAAAUGGUGUGUGGUGGGGGAAGGAUACAGACAGAAAUAAAGCAAUUGUGGCAAAAUGUGGCAAUUGGUAAAUGUAGGUUAAGAGUGUACAGAUAUUCCUGGUACUGUUCCAUCAGCAUUUCUAAGGAUUUGACUUUUUUCAAAAUAGAAACUAAGUUGAGAAAAAACCAAACAAGAAAAAAUAAAAUGUGAUGGCUGUGCCUCUCCUCAACUCCACUGUAUGAACACAAGCGAGGUCCUUACUGUCUCUAAGCCUCUUCGAUGAGAGUAAAAAACUGGGGAAAUUAAGCCUUGCCGUUUGUACUCCCUCAGUGUUUUGUGAACACCAGCCAUGGUCACAGAUGUAAAGUGUUUUGCAAACCAUCCAGGACUGUCAGGGCGUAAGGGGUUAACAGAUGUGAUCAUUUGUACAGCACCAAGCGAUCUGUAGAUCACCGGGCCAAACCCUUGGCUGUCUAGACUCCAGCCAAUCUGUGCGCCUCAGCCACCUUAACAUUAAAUAUGCAUGACUGGCCUCCUGGAUUCUUCCCUGCUCAGAGCACCAGCUGCAAGCACACAGUCUUGUUCCUAAGAACUAGCAGGCAGAGCAAACUCCGCUGCUUCCGUUCAGAAACCUCGGAACAGACCUUUGCCUGCCAACUUCCCAGCUCUCUGUCCAGCUUCUGAUCGUUAGCAGUGGGCUGGCUCCUAUGAAAACCUCGAAGGCAUCCCAGCGCUAUAGAGGCAUCCGGAGAAAUGCCAGCCAGUGCUACCUCUACCAGGAAUCUCUGCUGCUCAGCAACUUGGAUGACAGCUUUAGUGCUGAUGAAACAGGGGACAGCAAUGAUCCAGAACAAAUCUUCCAGAAUAUACAGUUCCAGAAAGAUCUCAUGGCAAACAUUCGCUGCAGACCCUGGACUAUGGGACAGAAGCUGAGGGCAUUGAGACGAGCGAAGGACAUUGUGCUGAAGUUUGAAGGGAGGCUGACCAGGACCCGAGGCUACCAAGCAGCAGGUGCAGAGCUCUGGCGGAAAUUUGCUCGUCUUGCCUGUAACUUUGUGGUCAUCUUCAUUCCCUGGGAAAUGAGGAUAAAGAAAAUCGAGAGUCAUUUUGGAUCUGGCGUUGCCUCCUAUUUCAUAUUCUUGAGAUGGUUAUUUGGAAUUAAUAUUGUGCUCACCAUUAUGACAGGUGCUUUUAUUGUCAUUCCAGAGCUGAUUGCAGGCCAGCCCUUUGGAAGCACAGCCAGGAAGACCAUCCCCAAGGAGCAGGUUUCAUCUGCCCAAGACCUGGACACCGUCUGGUCUCUGGGGGGCUACCUCCAGUACUCUGUCCUCUUCUACGGAUAUUAUGGCAGGGAGAGGAAGAUCGGGAGAGCUGGCUACCGGCUGCCCUUGGCGUAUUUCCUAGUGGGGAUGGCAGUGUUUGCUUACAGCUUCAUCAUUCUUUUAAAAAAGAUGGCUAAGAACUCCCGCACGAGCCUUGCCAGUGCUUCCAACGAAAACUACACCUUCUGCUGGCGGGUGUUCUGUGCCUGGGAUUACCUCAUUGGAAACCCAGAGGCUGCAGAGAGCAAAACAGCUGCCAUAGUGAACAGCAUCAGGGAAGCUAUACUGGAAGAACAGGAGAAAAAGAAAAGCAAAAACCUGGCAGUGACCAUCUGCCUGAGGAUUAUUGCAAACAUCCUGGUGCUUCUCUCACUGGCUGGGAGCAUUUAUCUCAUCUACUUUGUGGUGGACCGGUCCCAGAAGCUGGAGCAGUCGAAGAAGGAGCUGACACUUUGGGAAAAGAAUGAGGUCAGUGUGGUGGUCUCCCUCGUCACCAUGAUAGCACCAUCAGCCUUUGACCUCAUUGCUGCCUUAGAGAUGUACCACCCCAGGACCACGCUGCGCUUCCAGCUUGCAAGGGUCCUUGUGUUGUAUCUGGGAAAUCUCUACAGCCUGAUCAUUGCUCUCCUGGACAAAGUUAACAGCAUGAGCAUUGAGGAAAUGGCUACCAAAAAUAAUACAAGUCAUUGGAUAGAUUCCACCACCUUCUUUGCAACCAGGACAGCCCCUGAAGAAGAGAAAUGGUCCACAUCUCGGCCUGGAAUGGGGCUCAGGAGAAACAACACAUGGGCCUUGGAAGAGACCAGCAUUUCAGCUUACACCAUGCCUCUCAUAAAGGCCAACAAGACUAGCCUCUACACUCAGAGUCCACAAGACCAGUGCUGGGAGACAUACGUUGGUCAGGAGAUGCUGAAGCUCUCCAUCAUUGACAUGCUCUUCACCGUGGCGAGCAUUCUGCUCAUAGACUUCUUCCGAGGACUUUUCGUGCGGUACUUAAGUGACUACUGGUGUUGGGAUCUGGAAAGCAAGUUUCCUGAAUAUGGAGAAUUCAAAAUAGCUGAGAAUGUGCUACAUUUAGUCUACAACCAAGGAAUGAUUUGGAUGGGGGCCUUCUUCUCCCCAUGUCUCCCAGCAUUCAACGUUCUCAAACUCAUUGGGCUCAUGUACCUGAGGAGCUGGGCUGUGCUGACCUGCAAUGUGCCCCACCAGCAAGUAUUUCGAGCCUCAAGAUCCAACAACUUCUACUUGGCAAUGCUCCUGUUUAUGCUGUUUCUGUGCAUGCUGCCAACCAUUUUUGCUAUUGUCCGAUACAAGCCAUCUCUAAACUGCGGGCCAUUCAGUGGACAAGAGAAAAUUUACGACAUUGUGUCAGAAACGAUUGAGAAAGACUUUCCCGUGUGGUUUGGCUCCGUGGUUGGGCACAUCAGUAGCCCUGUGGUCAUCCUGCCCGCGGUACUCCUGCUUUUCAUGCUCAUCUAUUAUCUCCAGAGCAUCGCACGGUCUCUAAAGCUCAGCAACCACCAGCUCAAAAUGCAGAUCCAAAACGCAAGAUCAGAAGAUAAGAAAAAGGUUGCCCAGAUGGUAGAAGCCCGAAUCCAGACCCAGGAAGAAAGCACCAAGAAGCUUCCAAACGACAGUGAUCUUACCAGCCAGCUGUCCUCAGCGCACUCGGGCACACCCCAAAACAACGGCAACGUGGCCCAUUUUGACUCAGGGAGCAGCAAGAGUGGCAGGAUAGAGACAGUCGCACAGUCCAUGCCCCAGAGCCCCAGGCCAGGGGACAGGGCUCCUAGCUCACCUCUCCCUGGGGUCUCCAAAUCCAGGCAAGAGCAUGAAACUAACAGGUAUCUGCAUGGUCUGUGUGCAAGCACCAGUGACCUUCACAGGAACAGAUCGCGCAUACCUAUGACAUUUACAACGCACAUCGAAGAUGUACACUCAGAACCUCUUUUCCGAAAAGACUUUCAGCAAAUCAACCCUUCUCACCGUGGACCACAGGCCUCGACUUUGCUGGCACAGGGUCCCAGGCCCCACACCCCCAGAUACUAUGUCAUUAAUGAACGUGACUCUUACAAGAAAAAACAUCUAAAUGUCUGGCCAGAAAGACAUUUCAAGAUAGAUGCUUCAGGUGACAUUGUGGAGCUGUACCCCAGGAACGUGCGACAAUAUGCAUCCCGGGUCCCCCGCCAGCCUCCCUCCCCACAGCUGAGUGAAGAAGAGGAGGAGACGCCAAGGAGAGAUUGGAUCAAACGGUCUCUUCCCCCACGCUCCCUGAUAGACCUCCGUCGGGCUCCUCAUUUUUAUAUUGGGGAGAGGUCUGAAAGUCAGACCCUGGCUCCCGAGCCCCAGGGGAGGGUGCACUACAAGUCGUGGAAUGAAGAUUUUGAGGGUCACCUUGAGAGGCCAGCCUGUGUGCCCAAAAAGCCACGAUCCCGGAAUUUCCGACACCCACAGCCCCCUCUGAAGCCCAGAGGGAAGCCCAGGUUCGAGCCAUCCCUCACGGAAUCUGACUCCGUGUCGGCAGCAUCCAGCAGUGACCAGCAGAACAGCAGCACUGACCAGUACCUGCAGGUCACCCACAGCCAGGGCAGGUUCCCGAGGUCCGUGGACCAGCCCAGCAGGAGGAAGGCCAAGUCAGGGCAGGAGCUGACCGUGGAUCUGGAUGACUUGAUUUGUUCAAAUGUCUAGGCUUCCUCCAGUAUCCCGUUCCUAGAGGUCAGGCCCCUGUUGGAGUGCUGGGCCAGCACAUGGCAUCUCCCUUUCUGGAAAACGAGGUGAACACGUGUGUUAGAGACCUGAGGGGCAUGGCCAGCGGCUGCUAGCUGAGGCCCUGAGGCUGACAGGGCUACAGAUACCUAUUUUACAGCUACUGUUAGCCAAAUGUAUCCGAGUUAGGUGGCACCAAAGUAUGUCACCAGCAGUGAAUCAUCACGGGUCUGCAGCAACCUCAAUACCUGCCUCCUCAGAAGAAAGAAUUUGGCAGAGGGGCUCAAGACAGAAGGAGAGACUGAGGCAAGUUUAGAGCAGGCAUGAAAGUUUACUGAAAAGCUUUAGAGCAGGAAUGAAAGAACGUAAAAUAUACUUAGUAGAGGACCAAGCAGGCGACUUGAGAGAUCGAGUGCACUGUUUGACCUUUGACUUGGGGUUUUACACGCUGGCAUGCUUCCGGGGUCUUGCGCUACUUCUCCCCACGAUUCUUCCCUUUCUUCCCUUGGGGUGGGCUGUCCGCAUGCUCAGUAGUGGCCUGCCAGCGCUUGGGAGGGGAGCAUGCGCAGUGUGUUUACUAGAGUUGUGCACAUGCUCACUCGAGGUUCUUCCCUUACCAGCGGAACGCUCCAGUUUGUCUCUUAGUGCGCAUGUUUGAGCCCACUCGCUCAACUCCUGACCUUUUAUGGGGAAGCUGCUGAUCACCAGUUUCAGAUUUUUUCUAUCUAUUGGGGAGACUGUCGUUCCCUGGUGCCAGCUGUGACCAAUUAUUAUUUUAGAGAGACAAUUAACAGCCACCUGACCAUCACUGAUGGUCGCCUGACAUUCCUGGGGGUUGUUUUGAAGAAGGAAUGCAUGAAUUUUACAAGUAUAAUCAAAGACAACCAAAAAUUUUUACUUUUUCCUUCAAAAACUAAGUGUAGUGUAGCUCCCCCGUAGUCUAAGUUAAAGAAGAAUACUAACUGCCUGUUUUUCCUUCUGUGCUCAACGAGCCUUAUCUGUACUUGCUAGUUACACAUUCCUUGACGCUCAGCGAGUUCCUGCUUCACCAGCCUAGCGCAGCUGCAAAGUUACAAGGUUGAUGCAGAAACAUGGUUUCCCAGGGAUGUGGAACAUGUAGUAUAGAUAAAUGUAAAAGACUGAUCAACUGCCUUUGCUCUCGCUUCUGUGAGUACGCUUCCUGCCUCACGUAACUCCCGGCCACUGACUGCUUAAAAGGUGGCUGCCUUCUUUGUCCAGGGUUCAGACUUUCCUGGACGCUAGUCCUACUGAGCCAGGUGAUCACCUUUUAAUAAAGACCUUUCCUGAACUCA